UGUCGGUGGCGGCGCGCGCGGGGGCGGGGCGCGGCGGCGGCUCCAAGAUGGCCGCGGUGUCGGUGUUCCCCGGCGUGCGGCUCCUCACCAUCGGGGACGCCAACGGCGAGAUCCAGCGGCACCAGGAGCAGCAGCCGCUGCGCCUCGAGGUCCGCACCGGCCCCGACAGCGCCGGGCUGGCGCUCUAUGGCCAUGAAGAGGUCUGCGUGUUCAAGUGCUCUGUGUCCCGGGAAACUGAGUGCAGCCGCGUCGGGAAGCAAUCCUUCAUCAUCACACUGGGCUGCAAUAGCGUCCUCGUCCAAUUCGCCACCCCUAACGAUUUCUGUUCGUUUUAUAACAUCCUGAAAAACUGCCGGGGCCACAACACGGAGCGCUCUGUGUUCAGCGAGCGGACGGAGGAGUCCUCGGCUGUGCAGUACUUCCAGUUCUACGGAUACCUGUCCCAGCAGCAGAACAUGAUGCAGGACUACGUGCGGACAGGCACCUACCAGCGAGCCAUCCUGCAGAACCAUAGCGACUUCAAGGACAAGAUUGUCCUGGAUGUCGGCUGCGGCUCUGGAAUCCUUUCCUUCUUCGCGGCGCAGGCCGGAGCGAGGAAGAUCUACGCAGUGGAAGCCAGCACCAUGGCCCAGCACGCGGAGGUGCUGGUGAAGAGCAACAACCUGACGGACCGGAUCGUGGUGAUCCCGGGAAAGGUGGAGGAGGUGUCGUUGCCGGAGCAGGUGGACAUCAUCAUCUCGGAGCCGAUGGGAUACAUGCUCUUCAACGAGCGGAUGCUGGAGAGCUACCUCCAUGCCAAGAAGUAUCUGAAACCCAGCGGGAAUAUGUUCCCGACGAUCGGCGACGUCCACCUGGCGCCAUUCACGGAUGAGCAGCUCUACAUGGAGCAGUUCACCAAGGCCAACUUCUGGUAUCAGCCCUCCUUCCACGGAGUCGACCUCUCGGCGCUGCGCGGAGCCGCCGUCGAUGAGUAUUUUCGGCAGCCGGUGGUGGACACCUUCGACAUCCGGAUCCUCAUGGCCAAAUCUGUCAAAUACACCGUGAAUUUCUUGGAAGCCAAAGAAGGCGACUUGCAUCGGAUAGAAAUCCCGUUCAAGUUCCACAUGCUGCACUCGGGGCUGGUGCACGGCUUGGCCUUCUGGUUCGACGUCGCCUUCAUCGGCUCCAUAAUGACGGUGUGGCUGUCGACGGCGCCGACGGAGCCGCUGACCCACUGGUACCAGGUGCGGUGCCUCUUCCAGUCACCUCUGUUCGCCAAAGCCGGGGACACGCUCUCAGGGACCUGUCUACUCAUCGCCAACAAGAGGCAGAGCUACGACAUCAGCAUCGUGGCGCAGGUGGACCAGACGGGCUCCAAGUCCAGCAACCUCCUCGACCUGAAAAACCCCUUCUUCAGGUACACCGGGACGACCCCUUCGCCCCCCCCGGGCUCCCACUACACUUCCCCCUCGGAGAACAUGUGGAGCACGGGCAGCGCCUACAACAUGAGCACGGGCAUGGCCGUGGCCGGGAUGCCGGCAGCGUACGACCUCAGCAGCGUCAUCGCCGGCGGCUCCAAUGUCGGCCACAACAACCUCAUCCCCUUAGCCAACACUGGCAUCGUCAACCACACUCACUCCAGGAUGGGCUCCAUCAUGAGCACCGGCAUCGUCCAAGGCUCCUCCAGCGCGCAGGCCGGGGGGGGCUCCAGCACCCACUACCCCCUCAACAGCCAGUUCACCAUGGGGGGCCCCCCCCUCUCCAUGGCCUCCCCCAUGUCCAUCACCACCAACACCAUGCACUACGGCAGCUAAGGCUGCGCCGACGCCACCAACGCCAAAGCCUCAGCCCGCGGCGCUGCCGUUGCUCCGGACUCUCGGCCGCUCCGCUCGUCGCCGCAAUCACCACACCAGGAGAUGGUUUUUCUUUCUUUGGUUUUUUUUUUUUCCCCCCUUUAUUUUUUCUCAGUUUUUGGGAUUAUUUUUUUUUUUAACACCAGGCCUGAGCGCCCCCCACUCCCCUUUCCAUGGGGAAGAGCCUGGAGGGACCCAAAAUCCCUUCUUUUGGCCCCGUUCCGGCCAGCCGGAGCAGCCAGGGCUGGUUCUGGUAUGGAAGAAGGCUUCCCGGCGCAGCUCGCUUCGGCAUCGCUCCGGCUCCCGGCGCCUGGACUCUCCUCUCUCCUCUUUUCACCCCUGCGAGGAGGGGGAGUGGUGGGGACCUCCCUGUGCUUUGUGAGGGCCAGGGGGGACCCCCGUGUGCUUUGGGGGGCCGGGGGCUGUCCCCUGCCCGGGGACAUCAUGUAGGAAUAGCAGAUCCGCUGGGUUUCCGGCUGUAGUACCCAAUAAACGGGAGGGUUUCCAA